ACCUUAUGCGGCCCAGCGGCAGAGGCUGUUGGGCGAAGCCAGCUGAGGGAUAUGUGAAACCAAGUUGAAAAGAAUGUGUCCAGAGCUACGUUUUGCCCUGCGAGAUUGGUCCCUCUGGGCACUCCGUAGUCUGCGUCCGUUUCCUUGGAGACGGAGACCCAGCUGAAGCGUCUGGUCUCUAAGGGAAGUCUGAGUGGCCGGAGUUGCCACGCGAUCCACGCGAGUCUAGGAAGUUGGAGAAGACGAAUAAGUAGGAGCCCCAAGAGAUCGGUGCCUCGCGGACUCCCCCGACUCUUCCUCCAUCUCCCAUUCCCCCAAUGGCGCACGUCUUUCCAAAACCUACCGACUCUAGGAGUCGCUCUACAGUCCCCAAGUCCCAGACUCCGGAUUAUGUUUCAGGGCAGCAGUCCAAACAUAAAAUCAAGCCCUCCGCUGCGCUUCCAGUCCUGCAAACCAGUGUCCGCAAGAAAACCAAAAUGAAGCCUCGGAUGAGUGACCAGCCCGGGCAUUCCAAGUCUCCCACGUUGAUGACAUGCCAGCUGGGGAAUCCACAAGACCUGUGCAGAGGGAAGUUGGACUCUGGGAAGAUGAAGCUCCGGCUGAUGAGGGCGUUGCUCAGGAGCCGGCGAGCCGCACUCCAGGAGCUCUGCAAGCAGGAGGGCUUUCUCACCAAGCUCAAUCAAGACCUGAUCACGACCAUCAAGGACAUGGAAGACAGCUCCGCCCUGAAAACACGCGGGAUGCUGCAGCAGCAGGACAUCUUUGGGACCAUCAUCAACAGCUUGGGGUACUCCAACAAGAAGAAGCUGCAGCAGAUGACCCGUGAGCUGCAGGAGUGGAAGGAGAAGGAGGAAUCCAAGAUGAGCUACCUGAAGCAGCAGGUGGAGCAGCUGAAUGACAAGAUCAAGAAGACCGAGGAGGAAGUGAACUUCCUGAGCACUUACAUGGACCAUGAGUAUCCCGUCAAGUUGGUCCAGAUUGCCAACCUGCUGCACCAGCUGGAGCAGGUGAAGGACAACCAGCAGGAUGAGUUGGAUGACUUCAGUAAGAUAUGCAAAAUGGUCCUGGGGUCUUUGUCUGAUCAGAUUCAGAUGAAGAGAAAAACGCUGCUGGGCUCUCUGGUGGUGAAAAUCCAGCAUCCCAUUCAGGGCGUUCUUCUGCAUAAGACCCGGGAAAGCCAGAGCAUGGUGAAGUACACGGACAAGUACAGAAAGUUUGUCAACGAGUUUGAGGAGGAAAUACCCAAUUUGAGGGCCGAGGUGGAACGGCUCCGAGUCCAGACCCAGGAACCCCGAGAGAUCGCGUUUGCAGACGUUCUGCUUCGCAGACCCAAGUGCACCCCAGACAUGGAUGUCACCCUCAACAUCCCCGUGGAAGAGCUGCUACCCUUCUAGAUGGCAGGGCCAUGGCCACCCUCCCCUCCCUGCUCUCUUCCCCACACCUGGAGCCUGAGUCGUCUCCUUCCAAGACCAUAUUCCCAUUGGUACCCGCCUCGUCUGCCUCUCCUUUCCUCCCUCCGUCCUUUUGGUUUGGGGCUACCACUUGGGCCAGGUGGUAAUUUCCAGCCGAGUCCACCACUUCCUUUUACCAAUAAAGCUGGAUUUGCAUUUGCUCUUUGCCAGUG